AAGAGGUGGCACAUUAAUGGAGCGCCUCUACAGGGGUCUUUUCUGCUCAUGUCACUACAUAAAACUAUCAGAUGGUUAGAGGAAGGCCAUGGAGGCAUACGCUUAGCUAGUCUUAUCAAGGACGCCAAAUGAAGUCUAUUCAACUCUGCUAGCGGGACAAGCUGACUUACUUUGCAAGAAAGACUUACAGCAGCCGUCACUCCAUAAAUGUGCACCGUCCUCGCCCGGGCUCGCCUGCACACCGCAGAGGCGCACAAACUGGCUGUUUUACGCGCAGCGCAACUCCAGCGUCGCCUGCACUGAAACUUUCCUCAGCGGCUGUUUUCAUGACGAGCAGCAAGCUUUCACCAAGGAAUUAAGGGAGACUACGUUUUUUUAAUUAUUAUUAUUUGCUUUUCUGAAAAAGAAAAAAAUCGAGGAUGCCUCGUCCGGGGAGAAACACGUACAGCGACCAGAAGCCACCUUACUCCUACAUCUCCCUCACUGCCAUGGCGAUCCAGAGCUGCCCGGAGAAGAUGCUGCCUCUCAGUGAAAUUUACAAGUUCAUCAUGGAUAGAUUCCCGUAUUACAGAGAAAACACCCAGCGGUGGCAGAACUCUCUGCGGCACAACCUGUCCUUCAACGACUGUUUUAUUAAAAUCCCCCGGCGCCCAGACCAGCCAGGUAAGGGCAGCUUCUGGGCUCUGCACCCCAGCUGGGACAUGUUUGAGAAUGGAAGUUUUCUGAGGCGCCGCAAAAGGUUCAAAGUGUUGGGCGCGUCUGAUCACUUGGCCCCCAGUAAGCAGUCGGAUGCUGCCCAUUACCUCCAGCAGCAAGCCAAGCUGAGGCUGAGCGCCCUGGCGGCCACCGGCACGCACCUUCCCCAGAUGUCCACCUACAACCUCGGAGUGUCCCAGACGUCAACUUUUAAGCACCCGUUCGCCAUCGAGAACAUCAUCGCCAGAGAGUACAAGGUCCCGGGGAGUCUGGCGUUCUCCACCAUGCAGUCCAUGUCCGCCGGGUACCCCCUCCACAACCAGCUGACCACCGCCUGGCCCCACAUGUACAACACCAGCGUGAUUGACACGGCGGCCCCCAUCUCCAUGGCGAGCAGCGACUACAGUGCCUACGGCGUCCCCAUCAAGUCCCUGUGUCACGGGGGACAGUCCUUACCGGCCAUCCCCGUGCCAAUCAAACCCACCCCGACCUCCAUGCCCGGUUUCUCGGCUCUCCCUCCCCACAUCCCCGCGUUUCUAUCAAACUCUCCGCAGUCUCUGAGCCCGACGUCCCCACAGACAGCGACGAGCCAAAGCAGCCCUGCGACCCCGAGCGAGACUCUGACCAGCCCGUCCACGCUGCAGUCCGUGGCUGUGCACUGACCGGCCGGACUGUCGCGGUGAAACUCGGGACUGUUGGCUCCCCAGGCCAUCCCCCUUGCUCUCUCUUUUACCAAACCCAAAGUUUAUAAGCCUAUUUUCUGCCGUCGGAGAAACUAUCAAGGCGAGUUGCAGUUGCAUAUCGAUUUAUUUGUAUAUGUGUUGAAUGUGUCGCUUUAAAUUGUGUCAAAUCCAGCACAGAGUCGCACAGCGAAGUAUUGCUCUUGAAAAUAUAAAUUAUUUGAUGAUAGUUCUAUUUUUCAGUUUGUUGUGAAAAUAUGAGUGUUGAAAAAGUGGAGCCACUGAAGGGGACCCAGGAGGAGGAAGGGGUUUGUUUUUGGCACCAUCAAAUCCCAGUGGCGUUUUUUUUUUCUCCCCAGUUUUAUCAAACAGCAAAACUUUUGCACCGUUUCUGUGUGACCACUGUAAUGUCAAUGAAUUACGAGGCAAUGGCUCCGUGUUUUUGUUUGCUUUUAAUACUGGAAUGAUGGGUAAGGGUAUACCAAAUAGGAAUAGGAUUUAGAUUCGUUCUUACCGUCUGUGUAAAAAAAAUUUAAAAAAAGAAAAGAAAGCAAACUGAAACCUUUUCAAAAACCGAAAAGCAGUAUUGUCCUCAAAAUGCAAGAUGUGAAUAUUGCAAAUAACUGAUACUGAAAUGUUGUAAAAUGCACUUUUUAGUUUUAUGUUUUAGAUAUCUAUUUUCCAGGAAAAAAAUGUUCUGUGAAGCAUUUAAUUUAAAAAAAAAAACAACAGGCUGUGGUGACCAUGUGUAUCAGAUGCUGUAAAUUUGUACUUCUUCUUUUUUAUUUUUAGGUAAAGCAUGCAUUCUAAAAAACAAUUUGUGUUGUUACUGUUGUUGUUGUUAUUGCUGUUGUUUUGUUUAUUUUUUUGCGAGCAUGCGUGCUUUCGAAAAAGUGUGCAGUCUGGAAAAAAUAAUGGUCAUCGAAAUAUUUUCUCAUUAAAAGUGAAGUAAACAAUCAAAAGUGUUUCUGAAGAUUUAAUCAAGGACGAGCACACAAAUUAUUAUUAUUAUUAUUAUUGUUUAGAUCACAGUUAUUCAACUUGCAGAUUUUUUUAAAUGGUGUGCAUUCAGAAUUUAAAUUACAACAUAAUAAUAACAAUAAUUAUAACGAUAAUAUUAACGAUAAUAAUCUUAAUCCAGAUCUGUGUGGGAGAGGCUGGGAAGCUGUGGGAAGAGAACUGAAUCGUGCAGCCGAUUAGGAUGCAUGGAGCUGUGAUGCUGUGGCCACAGCGCAGACAACCAGCCUCAUUCAUCAAGCUCAACUAAACACAAUUAGGCCCAACAAUAAACAUUUAGAAAAAGCCACACAAACUAUCACAAUUAGUAGCGUUGCAUAUUUUUCUGCAUCACGUGUCACCGAGGGCAAUUCAAUAAGCGUCAUGUUCAUUUUCCCUCCAUCCUCUAACGAGUGCAUGUCGACCUUGUAAUUUUCUCCCAUUUGAAGGAUUCAACAGGUUUAGAAAUGCAAAUGGAGAAAUAUCUGCGCAAGUUGUGUCUUAAAAAAAAAUGUUUCCAACGGAUUAAAUAGAAAGUAACGCGAUUCCUGUGCCUCCUCCAUAGAAAAGUGCAGCCCAUUUUCGGGGUAUUAAACAAAUACAUUAGAAUUCCGUCACUUUAUGGAAUCCAGUAGAUCAAAUAAAGGGUCUCGGGCCACUUCAUUCUCCCUCAUUCACUUGUAUUGAAAGUGCAAAGAAUGGUAAACUUAGACUGGGCCACCAAUGUAGAUUUAGCCUUUUUUCAGCAAGACAAAAAGACUGAUUUUUCACAAACACAUUGCUGACUGGGGAACUAGGAAACGAGCUGCGAGACCCUUUUGGAAUUUAAAUCCACCCCUCCCCCAUGGACUGUUUGUACAACAGUGUUAGUUCUUUUUUUCUUCUUCUUCUUCUCCCCCCUCCACUUUGUGCAUUUGUGUGUGUAACAUUAAUUCUGACUCUGGGUGAUUAAAUGUAUUGAAACUGCAACUCCAGGUUACAAUUUAGCAUCAGAUUAAUUGCAGAUAUCUUUCUGGCAGGUCAUGAGAAUUGCAUUAAAACCACAUUAUUCUACAAGUUUUUUUUUUAUUUUUUUUAUUUUCAUUCAGCUUGUGGAAAUAGAAUAAAUUAAAUCCUUUAACACCUGUGUCAUACGAGUGCAAAAAUUCUGUAACGGCAUAUAAUGCAACUAUAUUUACUUCGUAUUUAUAUCUGUGAUUUUUUUUUUCCAUUUUUGAUUUGAAUCUCAGUGUACUUUACUUUGUCUUAUUUGUAUUGCAUUGUGUUAUGUCAAAGAUUUAUGUAAUAUACAGAUAAAUGUUGGAAAAGAACUUUUUGUGAAUAAGAAGUCGUUCAUUGUAAAUUCACAUCCAAAUGCGAAAUGUAAAAAUAACCAAAAGUUUUUUUGUUUCAAUGCAAUAUUUGAAUGCAUCUUGACAUUUAAAAAGCAGCAUUCUGCUAUUGUGCAGUUUUCAGAUACAGAGGAUGGGUUUAAUUCGAGCAGUAAAGGGAAAAAAAUGCUGCCUUUGUUGGGCUGGCACUCAGUUCUAUUACAAGUAAAUGAACAACUUUAGCUUUUCCUGAACAAAUUUUCAAAUGGGUUUAACCCUUUCUAGAACCAAUGGAGGAAAAUGCAUUAAUAUUACAGGUGGGUGAGGAGGAAAGCAUUAGAAAAUUAUAGAAAAUGCAUCUCUGGCACUUGUGAAAUCGUAAUAAACUGUCUGCAAAACCUUUUUUUCCCCUAAAUAAAGCCCUUAAAAAAUA